GAUUUGAUUUGAUUUAUUCGUCAACUUUCCCUCGAGACUUGCUCACUUUCGAUAUCUUUCUUUUGGAAAUUACACUCUUCAACUUGAUAUCCUCAAACUAUACCUUCAUCAAAAACACUCUCAUUGAAUUCAGAAUCAGAACCAACGACUUGAUCAUCAUCAUCUUGACUAACUCAUUUCGACCCUACAUACUCACACUUAACUCUCAUAGAUCAUCAUGUCUCAAUCUAGCUCUACCGUCAAACUUCCAGAAAUUCCAGACUUUGAUAAUCUUACUGCUAAUUCAGCUUGGCAAUGGUUAUCAUGUUUUAUGGGAUGGCAUAUUCCAGCAUUAUCAGAACCAUCAAAAAAGAUCACAUUAAAAACUUUCAACGAUUUACCCAGAAGAAAGAAUCGAAUCGAACGAUAUGCAAAAGGUCAUCAACUUUGGGUUCCUGAAUCGGAAUUACGUUGGUUAAAGAUCUUUAAAGGAUCUAGAAGCAAACUUGAAGUUCAAAACAUUCAAUAUCCCAUCGGUUUACGAUUAGUCACUACUCAUCCACCUCGACUUGAUCAUCCUCAUGCCGAUACUAAUAAUAUUAAUCAUCAUCAAACCGGAUUAACUUCUAAACCAACAACCUUUGGAGAAAUGAAAACCAUAUGUUUUGAUGGAAAACGAGCCAAGACGAAUGCAGGAUACUGGCCCUUGAGUUUAGGUCACAAAAUGAAAUUAGGUCAAUCGGGUGAUUUUGUACAAUUUGAUAAUUUACAAAGUCAAUUGGGUGGAAUCAAAUUACCUAAAGUUGAAUUAGGUUGGAUUUGGAUUGAAACUGGGAUUUGGGGACCUAGAAAACGAAUCUUGUUUAAGAAAUUAUGUUCAGAUGAAUCGAUUGGGAUCUUGAUUUGGCCUCAAUUACCGGGUGAAACGAGUUAUAAGACGGCUAAACCGACCCCAAGGAUUCCUGUCUAUGAAGGAGAUACAGUAGAACUAGCUGAUAACGAUCGAAUCCUAGUCUUUGUUGGCAAACCUCGAGGAAUGAACAGUGCAGUGCUUCAAAUCAAUGUUACCUAUCAAUGGGUAGGAUGUCUUGCAGGUUCAAAUAUGGCCGAAACCAAGUAUUCAUAUCCAAACCCUUGCGAAAGGUAUCCACAUUGUCUUCGACGACCGAUUUAUUCUCCAAUCCAAUCUGACGAACCUGAAAUCCUUGAACACGCUCAUUUUCCAAUCACCGAAUCACCUGAUUUAGCAGACCGAUUCAAUGAAGCCAAACAAGGAGAUUCAUCUGAUUUCUUUAAUGAAACUUAUUCUAAAGCUCAAGAAAGCGUUUUGAAAGAUUUACGGAAUGGAGUGAUACCAGAGAUAGUUGAAAAGUUUAUGGAAAAUCAUCCUUCAAGUCUUGCAGUAGAAAUGAUGAGUAAAUUCAAUCCAGCUUUGAAAUCGGUUUUGUUAAAACUUAAUUCGAUACCUGAAUAUACUAUUGAGUUUCCACCUGAACUCGAAUCAACUGAGUCACCGGAAACAGAUGAAUAUAUCAUUGAAGAAUUAAAUGAUCUUGAAGAUACACCGAUUAUUGAUACUUCAAGACCAUCAAUUGUUCUGGAUACAACCAUAUCUGCCACACCUAAUCCUGCUCCUCAACCGGGUCCUUCAUGUCUCAAGAGAACUUCAACCUCAUCUAACUUGAAACGAGCACACCAGAAGGAGAAAGAUGAACUCACUCCACGAGAUCUUAAACGACGUCGCUCAGUCACGUUUGCUAAACAAAGUGAUCAUGAUGUGAAGGGUAAAGGUCGAAUGAUUGACUCAAGUUCGAUUGAAGAUUUGGAAGACGAACCAGAUCAUGAACCGAGCACUUCAGUACGACCAGAACCACCUAAUUUAUCUGAUAGUGAAGAGAGUGAAGAAAGUGAAGCAGAAUUCGAAUCGACCCCUCGGAAUUCAAAACGACCUCGUUCAUCAUUACCGAUCAAUGAAACUCCUUCAAGUCAACCCAUCGAAAGUUGUUUAAACCCUUCUGCUUCAAUGGAAAACUUAUCAAACCAGAUCGAUUGGUCAAGAAUAGAUUCUUCACAAGGUAGUACACAACAACCAGAUAAUGAGAAAGGUUCUGGUCCAAGAAGAUCAACUAGGAGAAGAUCAUCUGGUAGAUCGGAAGUCUUUAAAGAUUAUACUUCUUUGGAUUUGAAGGAUUCUAGAUCGGUUGAACUUGAGGGAUCUGAUUGUGAAGAUUAUCAGAAAGAUGUUAAUCAAAAAUCAGUUAAACGAAAAAGAAAAUCAUGGAUUGAAGAUUCAUGAAAUCUAUUAAGAAGGUUUAAAGUCAAAAUCAAAUUACAAAAAAAAACUUUCGAUUUCUAAAUCAAACAAAAAUUAAUCGAGUUUCUUUUAUAUAGAUCAAAUCAAACUCUUGAGAUUUUUUUUUCUGGUUGGUUAGUUGGGUUUGUGGACUUUGAAUUAAGAGCUGGACUUUAUAUUUUUUCCGUUUUUUGCAUUUGCAUUUACAGUUGUUGUGGUUGUUGUUGUUUGUUUAGAUAGAGAAAAGUCGUUUUUAGAAAAAAAUGUGCGUGUUAGUUUGGUUGGUUUGUAAUUUGUGUUUAAAUGGUUCUUUUUUCCUUUUUUUAUGAAUCUUUGUAGAUUUCCAAAUUUGUAUUUAGGUUGUGAGAAUAAAGAUCAAAGUGUUUUUCGUUUUAUUUGUUUUGAUUUUUGUUAAAGGACUUUUUUUGGUUUUGAAUUCUAUUUUCUUUUUGGUUUCAAAGAAAUUUUCAUUCUUGGUUUAACCCUCGGUU